AUGAUGUCGGAGGAGCCAUGGCAUUACAAUGCCUACAUGCAGCGCCUCAUCAGCCGGAUUGAGCAAGGUGGCGUGAACCCCAUGAACAUGCAGGUCUUCUGCAACUUGCAAUCACUUGCAAAGGCAUUGCAAUGCCUGGAGAGGUCUCAAAGCGUCGGACAAGUCGUCAUGACUCAGCCAAGUGUGCUCAGUCUGAAGCCGCAGUCCGAUUAUGUCUUAAGCGGUGGAAUGGGAGCACACGCGAUUGCAAUUGCGCAGUACCUGAUGGAGGAAGGAGCAAAGUCAAUCACCUUGUUGUCAAAGACCGGUCGGCCCUCCCCAAGCGUCGGUGGGCUGUGGCAAUCUUUGCACGAUUCCAGUGUUCAGCUUCAUGCCAUCCCUUGUGACAUCGCCAUGAUGGAUGAUGUGCAUGCUUUGGGGUGUCAGCUCCGUUCCAGGGAAACAGAGAUUGCAGGCCUCUUCCACCUUGCCGAGACUACCAACGAUGCGAUAGUGCCCAUCGUUGUUCGCGACCACUUGGAGCGGUCUUUUUCGACGACAGUGUGGGGGGCCAGACAUUUGAACCUCUUGCAGCACGCGGGCGCAACACCCUGGGACUUCUCCAUGCUCGUCUCGUCCGCCUCAUCUUUGCUGAUGGCUGCAGGACAAGCAAGCAAUGCCACAGCCUGUGCAGCAUUGGAUGGCCAUGCGAGGUACUGGAAGAAGGCCGGAGAGCGAGUCAUGUCCGUGCAGUGGAGUUCAUGGAAAGAUGAUGUGGGCAUGGUCGACAUUUGCCUUCAUCCCACAUCCAAAAGCAAUGUAGCCGUUCAGUUGGGAAUGGCAGCUAUGGCUGGAUGUUUGCAAUCACUGCAGAUACCACGCCCUCUGACCAUGGUAGUAGGGCCACUGCCUUGGGGCAGUUUCCUGAAGCGGAAGCAGUGA